UUUGAGAAAUGAUUAAUCGUCAAUACAAAGUGAGCGGGAGGGUUUGUUUGAUGGGUUCUAGGGCUUGAUGAAGUGCCAUUGACAACGUGAGAGCGAGGUUUCACAAGAGAUGCGGGUUUCACCGGUCUCUGAUUCUCCACGAAACUGUGACAUCUCGGUUCGCUGAUUAACGGUGUAAAAAUCACCCCCAAGAUAAGACUCUCUCUACACUGCGAAGCACGGUAUCAAUCCUCUUGGUCCCGGUUCCUUCCGUUCCAUUGCUCGCAUCGCACAUUCGCGUAUCGCACUGUCAUCAACAUUUCAGAUCGCACAUCUCUCUCCUCCCCUCUCUCUCUCUCUCCCCUCCCUCUCCCGGAGCUCAGCGGGAGAAGAUGUUGAAAUUCCUGAAGGGCGUCGUGGCCGGAUCUGGUUCCGGUCCCAAUAACCUACCCUACAACAUCGGAGAGCCUUACUCCUCUGCCUGGGGCUCCUGGACUCACUCUCGCGGCACAUCCAAGGAUGAUGGGUCUCCAGUGUCAAUAUUUUCUCUAUCAGGAAGUAACGCCAAUGAUGGACAUUUAGCUGCUGGUCGCAAUGGUGUCAAGCGUCUUCGCACGGUCAGACACCCAAACAUUUUGUCAUUCCUGCACAGUACUGAGGCUGAAACUUUUGAUGGUUCUACUUCAAAGGUGACCAUCUAUAUUGUCACUGAGCCGGUCAUGCCGCUGUCAGAAAAAAUCAAGGAAUUAGGAUUAGAAGGUAUUCAAAGGGAUGAGUAUUAUGCAUGGGGAUUGCAUCGAAUAGCUAAAGCUGUGAGCUUUUUAAAUAAUGACUGUAAACUUGUGCAUGGUAAUGUUUGCUUGGCCAGCGUUGUCGUUACUCAAACUUUGGACUGGAAGCUGCAUGCUUUUGAUGUUCUAUCCGAGUUUGAUGGAAAUAGUGAAGCUUCUACUGGACCAAUGCUGCAAUAUGAAUGGCUUGUUGGUGCACAAUACAAACCAAUGGAGAUGUCAAAAUCUGACUGGGCAACAAUUAGAAAAUCUCCACCUUGGUCCAUAGACUCUUGGGGCUUGGGUUGUCUUAUAUAUGAGCUUUUCUCUGGUACAAAGUUGAGCAAAACGGAGGAGCUGCGUGACACUGCUUCUAUACCCAAGUCUCUACUUCCAGAUUAUCAGCGGCUUUUGAGUUCCAUGCCUUCUCGCAGGUUGAACUCUGCAAAGCUUGCAGACAAUAGUGAAUAUUUCCAAAAUAAGUUGGUGGAUACCAUACAUUUCAUGGAAAUUUUGAAUUUGAAGGACAGCGUUGAAAAAGAUACUUUCUUCCGCAAGCUUCCAAAUCUAGCAGAACAGCUUCCUCGCCAAAUUGUGCUGAAAAAGUUGCUUCCUUUAUUAGCUUCUUCCCUAGAAUUUGGUUCAGCUGCUGCCCCUGCUUUGACUGCACUGUUGAAAAUGGGUUCGUGGCUUUCAUCAGAAGAAUUUAGCACCAAGGUACUACCAACAAUUGUCAAGCUCUUCGCCUCCAAUGACCGGGCUAUUCGAGUUGGUCUCCUGCAGCAUAUUGACCAGUAUGGGGAGUCAUUGUCAGCACAAAUUGUUGAUGAGCAAAUUUACCCUCAUGUUGUUACUGGGUUCUCCGACACGUCAGCUGUUCUGCGGGAACUGACUCUUAAAUCCAUGCUUGUUCUUGCUCCUAAGUUGUCCCAACGCACUAUCUCUGGGUCUCUGUUGAAGUAUCUUUCUAAGCUACAGGUUGAUGAAGAGCCUGCUAUUAGAACAAAUACUACGAUACUGCUUGGGAAUAUUGCCAGCUACCUCAAUGAAGGGACACGGAAAAGAGUUUUGAUAAAUGCAUUUACAGUACGUGCUUUGCGUGAUACAUUCUCUCCUGCCCGAGGAGCAGGUAUUAUGGCUUUAUGUGCAACAAGUUCUAGCUAUGAUGUCAACGAAAUAGCCACUAGGAUACUGCCAAAUGUUGUUGUCCUCACCAUUGAUCCUGACAGUGAUGUUCGAUCAAAGGCAUUCCAAGCAGUUGACCAGUUUUUGCAAAUAGUGAAGCAGUACCAUGAGAAGACAAAUGCAGGGGAUUCCACUGGGGCUGCGAGCGGAGCAAUCCCAUUAGCAGGAAAUGCUCUACUUGGGUGGGCCAGUUCCUUAACACACAAAGGCAAACCUUCUGAACAAACACCACUUGCUUCAGCUAAUUCUAGUGUACCUCUUUCGCCUGUGGUCUCCAGUGCCAGCUCUGUGAUGGACAGUUCUAAUAUAAUGCCAGUCCGCAUAAGUUCCAGUGAGGAUAUAGCAGAUCAACCUGCUCCAGUAUCCCCUUCAUCAACUGAUGGCUGGGGAGAACUUGAAAAUGGUCUUCAUGAAGAGAAUGGAAAUGAAAAAGAUGGGUGGGAUGAUAUCGAACCACUUGAGGAGCCAAAACCAUCUCCAGCCCUUGCGAACAUCCAAGCAGCUCAGAAGCGGCCUGUCUCACAGCCAAAAUUGCAAGGUACAAGUUUGCAAGCCAAGAACACGGUGAAGAUAACCAAAAACGAGGACAAUGACUUGUGGGGUUCGAUAGCUGCCCCUCCUCCUAAAUCGACAUCAAAACCUUUGAACUUGAAACCAAGUGAGAAAGUUGAUGACGAUGACCCAUGGGCUGCUAUUGCUGCUCCUCAACCCACCACAAGAGCCAAGCCAUUGUCAGCUGGGCGAGGACGAGGGGCUAAACCUGCCGCCACAAAAUUGGGUGCUCAGAGGAUAAACCGGACAUCCUCUGGGAUGUAAGAUACGGCGAAAUAGGGGGCAGAAAUGGAACAAGUAUAGGAAAUGAAAACAGGUUAAGAUAGGGUUUGUACAUUUUUGGCUUCUUUGGAUCAGUGUUGAUAUGAAUGAUAUCAAUGAGAUUAAACCUGCCAUGAGUUGUAUUUGUGCUUUCUUGGACAUAACAUUUGAUUUGUAAUAUUAUUCUUUUUAUCAGCCACUAUUCUUUCCUUCCAAAA